AAAACAAACUCUUUAAAAACAAACUUGAGUUUUUGUUUUUUUCUUUCUUCUUCUUCUUCUUCUUCUUCAAUAGGAUACAUACAGCCUACAAAUUACUCAUCAAAGUAAGUGAAAACCUAACAAAAAAAAACGUCACUUUCUUUCCAAUCUCACAAAUGGGUAUCCUUAGAACAAAACAAACACUUUCAUUUCUCAUUCUGCUCAAUUUUUCAUCACUUGUUUUCACCACCGAUAACACCAACGUUGUCUACAAAGGUUGUUCAGAGCAAAAACUAGGACAACAAUCUUCAGUGAAUCUUCAAACGUUGUUAUCUUCUCUUGUUGCAGCAUCAGGACAGAAAACUUUCGCGGCCACAACCACCGGUGACGGCCAGAACGCAGUCACCGGAGUUUACCAAUGCAGAGGUGACCUUUCAGCUUCUGAUUGUUAUCUUUGUAUCAGCAAGAUUCCAAGCAAGAUAAGCAAGCUUUGUGGUGAUGUCGCAGCAGCCAGGAUUCAGCUCAAUGGUUGUUAUUUAAGGUACGAGGUUGUUGGGUUUAGACAAGUUCCGCAGACACAAUUGUUGUACAAGGUUUGUGGCUCGAAGAAGGUGAAUGAUGGUGUUGGGUUUGAAGCUAAGAGGGAUUCAGCGUUUGGAAUGGUGGAGAAUGGUGUGAAGAGUGGGAAUUUGUUCUAUACGGGUAGUUAUUCAUCUUUGUAUGUUUUGGGACAGUGUGAGAGUAGUUUGGGAAAUGAUGAUUGUGGUAAUUGUGUUAAGAGUGCUGAAGAACAAGCUAAAUUGGAGUGUGGUGAUUCAAUUUCUGCUCAGAUUUAUCUUUUUAGUUGCUUUAUCAGUUAUAGCUUUUAUCCUAAUGGAGUUUCCACCACUUCUUCCUCUUCAGGAUCAGGAGGGAAUCCACACACAGAGAGGACAGUUGCUCUUGCUGUGGGAGGAGUUGCAGCUUUUGGAUUCUUGAUUGUUUGUUUGAUGUUUCUGAAAUCAGUACUCAAGAAAAGAAAUCAUGGGAAGUAUUGAGGUUGAAUUGGGUUGUAUAUACCUCAUGAAUGAUUCAUAAAUCUAAUAUUAGAAUCUUAUUAGGUGAAAAAAUAUACCUUGAGACCUUUGUAUAGUUAUGAUCAAAGGAAUUAAAAAGGGAAUUCUUAUGAUGAGUACUGAAUGUAUGAAUGAAGAGAAAAGUUCAAGACUUUAAAGUGUGUGUGUGCGAUACAUCUUUUGUCCGCACACCAUAUGACUUUAGUCUUUAGCAAAUGAGAUUAUGACCGACAUCUCUAUCUUUACAA